AUGAUGAGAACUCGAGUUCCGACUCGGAAUUCGGCGGAAGGAAACGGCGGUAGCAUUUGCGGUGGUGGUGGUAGUAGUAGUGGGGAUGGCAGGCGAUCGCGACGCGUGCCCAGCCUCAAAUUGGCAAACGGUAGACUCGAGUUUGGCGUUGGUGCAGCGCAGUCCGUGGAAGAGAUUCGAUCGCCGCCGCCGCCGCCGCCGCGACUCGCUAAGGAUGAUUCCAUCAAAAUAUCCAUCGAAAACACCAACACGUGCACAGACUCUUUAGUCACGGCUUUUGACGACGAAACUCUUCUUAUAACGGAUUAUAUACCGAACGAUAUGAAUACUAAAGAAGGUGUGGAAAGUGAUCAAAGUUCGUUUAUUUUAAGUUUUUAUUACAAAUUUAUAUAUAUUGCGUAUUCAGUAUGA